GGUGAUAAGCCACGAACACGGCAUCGACCCAACCGGGACCUACCAUGGGGACAGCGACCUGCAGCUGGAGCGGAUCAACGUGUAUUACAACAAUCUCUCAGGCGGCAAGUAUGUUCCUCGUGCAGUUCUGGUGGACCUGGAGCCUGGCACUAUGGACUCUGUGAGGUCUGGUCCUUUCGGUCAGGUGUUCAGACCUGACAACUUUGUCUUUGGCCAGAGUGGAGCUGGUAAUAACUGGGCUAAAGGCCACUACACUGAGGGAGCUGAGCUGGUGGACUCUGUUCUGGAUGUGGUGAGAAAAGAGGCCGAGAGCUGCGACUGCCUCCAGGGCUUCCAGCUCACGCACUCUCUGGGAGGAGGCACAGGUUCUGGCAUGGGUACGCUCCUCAUCAGKAAGAUCCGAGAGGAGUACCCGGAUCGCAUCAUGAGCACUUUCAGUGUUGUGCGCUCACCUAAGGUGUCAGACACGGUGGUGGAGCCCUACAACGCCACGCUCUCUGUCCACCAGCUGGUGGAGAACACAGAUGAGACCUUCUGCAUCGACAACGAGGCCCUGUAUGACAUCUGCUUCCGUACUCUGAAACUCACCACACCCACCUACGGUGACCUCAACCACCUGGUCUCAGCCACCAUGAGCGGGGUGACCACCUGCCUGCGCUUCCCUGGCCAGCUGAACGCCGAUCUGAGGAAACUGGCUGUCAACAUGGUGCCCUUCCCCAGGCUGCACUUCUUCAUGCCAGGCUUUGCCCCCCUGACCAGCCGGGGCAGUCAGCAGUACCGGGCUCUGACGGUUCCUGAGCUCACCAUGCAGAUGUUCGAUGCCAAGAACAUGAUGGCAGCGUGUGACCCGCGCCACGGGCGCUACCUCACAGUCGCCGCCAUCUUCAGAGGACGCAUGUCCAUGAAGGAAGUGGACGAGCAGAUGCUGAACGUGCAGAACAAGAACAGCAGCUACUUCGUGGAGUGGAUCCCCAACAACGUCAAGACGGCCAUUCAGGAGCUGUUCAGGCGCAUCUCAGAGCAGUUCACCGCCAUGUUCCGUCGCAAAGCCUUCCUCCACUGGUACACUGGUGAAGGUAUGGAUGAGAUGGAGUUCACCGAGGCUGAGAGCAACAUGAACGACCUGGUGUCAGAGUAUCAGCAGUACCAGGACGCCACCGCUGAGGAAGAGGGAGAGUUUGAGGAGGAAGGUGAAGAGGACGUGGCCUAAACACCCACAGUGAUUUAUUUCAGGCUUUAAACCUGAUCAGCAAUAA